CGCCAAUCUGGAGGAUGUUUAUUGUCAAGAUACGGGGAAAUCAUUAAUGCCGAUACACUUGAGGGCCAGAGCGGCAUAUGGUACUUUUCGUGAACAAUAUAGGGGUGAUGAGAGGAAUCGGGAUAAGAUCACAAAAAAUCUCGAGUUAGUGGAGGGAUUUGAGAACGCAUCCAAGGAGGCUGCAUCUGUCUACAUUUCGCAGGAGGAGGAACAAACCGAGCCAGACCCUCACAUGCUUUCUGCAGAGGAGAACAUCAAUCUCACACAGAACCUGAUGGGUCAUAAUAGGAGAGGAAGAUAUCCUCUGCAUGGUGUCGGAGCUUCACCUGGUGUAAGCAUUAGAUCGUCCACAGCAUCCUCCACACCAUCUACAUCGACGAGAGCAGCCACAAGCAGUUUCCAGGCUAUGCCAUUUGUCGCAUGUGACUAG